GACAAAACACAUUGGGUUCUACAUCUAGGCACUGGGCUGAGGAUCGUCCUGAUCUUGUCUCCAACACUUAAGGGUUUGCUUGUUUCUCUCUGGAUCCUUGUUUGCUCCAAUAACACUAAAGUACAAUGGCACCUAAGAAGGAUGUGAAGAAACCAGCAGCAGCUGCCCCAGCACCGGCACCAGCACCAGCCCCAGAACCUGUCAAACCCAAAGAACCAGCAUUUGAUCUGUCCAGUGUCAAGAUCGAUUUCAGUAAGGAUCAGCAGGAAGACUUCAAAGAGGCUUUCCUGCUCUUUGACAGGACAGGUGAAAGCAAAAUCUCCUAUGGCCAGGUUGCUGAUGUCAUGAGAGCUCUGGGACAGAACCCCACAAAUGCUGAGGUCAAGAAAGUCCUUGGAAACCCAUCUAAUGAGGAGAUGAAUGGCAAGACAAUUGAGUUUGACCAGUUCCUGCCUAUGCUGCAGGCUGUUGCCAACAACAAGGACCAGGGCAGCUUUGAGGACUUUGUUGAGGGUCUGCGUGUCUUUGACAAAGAAGGCAAUGGCACAGUUAUGGGCGCUGAGCUUCGUCACGUGCUGGCCACAUUGGGUGAGAAGAUGAAGGAGGAAGAAGUAGAAGCCCUCCUGGCAGGACAGGAAGACUCCAAUGGCUGCAUCAACUAUGAAGCCUUUGUAAAGCACAUCAUGUCCGUCUAAAACCUUUCCACACUGUUCUUCGUAUGUCUCAGAAGAUCUGGAGGCAUAGAAUCUGUACAUAGACCAGCAACUGGUCACCAUUACCAACCUUAUGGAUAUAUACUGUACAAAACACCCACCAUUGAUUUUUUAUUUUCCACCACUGGGACAUUUCUUUCCAUGAACCCUGAAACCAAAAGAUCACAGAGGAGCUAUCACCCUGGCAAAGCUGGCGGAGAAUUCCAUCAAGCACAUCUGUGUAACAUGCCAUGGAUUAUUGUAACAUGAAAGACAUGAGAAUAAAAUACCCUUUGCUAAAAUGGUGGCUACAGAGUCUCUCCUAAUUUAUCCGUCCAAAGUUGUGGGCCAAUGCACCAAAGAACACCGCAUCAUUCACUACCAGAGGUCCCACUCGCCUAAGGUGCAGCUGGAAUCUCUGACAGUGGAGUGGUUAAUUUAUUGUCUUCCUGUAUUCCAUUCUGUCAAAACAAUAAAAAUUUACUGAAACCCA